GCUCGUGGAUGUGGACCCGUAGCUCGUGCCGCUGCGCUGAGCUGCGUGAAAAUACGGUAAACCUGUCGCUAGCUUCAAGCUACGCGAGCUUUAGCAGGCUGUACGCGACAGAAUAUAAACUUAAACGACUUUCGAGGGGACCCAAAACUUGAAUUACGUAUUAUAAGCUCGAGUGUGUGCAAAAUAAGGCGAAAGAAUUACAGUUUGGACGCAGGCUAACUGGCUAAGUGAGCCGUCGGCAAGACCCCACCACCCAAAGAUUGAAACGGAGAUUAAAGCCAUCAUCUAAUCUAUUAAAGAGGAUAACCAAUGUCACACACACCAGUCCUCUAAAGCAGCGACGCCAAUGAACUGACAGGUGGAGUUUAUUUCCAUUCUCUCCUGCACACCCACUGGAAGGCCCCAACAUUGGCUGAGUUUGUGGAUACUCAGGGUUUGAGUGUGCGUAUGAUCAGCUGAAAGACGAGAGAACUCCACAGCAUCAGAGAAGAAAGCGCAGGCAUGGCUCAAGGCACUCCCUUGAGGCCUCGUCCCCCAGAGGUCCUUAUGUAAUGCCUCCUCAUCUGCUAAUAGACGGCAGCUGUGCCUGAUACACCCACACAAACACAUUUAAGGAAGUCUCUGAAGUGUCCCAAAGGAGAAGUUGAACUCUUGUCCAUUGUUUUCUCUUUGACCUCAUUCUCCCUCAGUCUUCACAUGCUCACCUGUGAAUCCCAGGAUUCCUCUGAGCUCCAACUUUUUCAUUUCGGAAUCGCUCCACUAACCUGGAUCUGUUCCCAGGAGUUUUGAGGUGUGUGCAAGCUAAACCCAGCUCUUUCACCUUUUUUUUUUUUUGUGUCUAUGUGCAAGCUUCAUCAAGAGAGGUGUUUUACCUGGAGCAUUCCAUUCGUUUCGUGCCUCUUGUCUCGAAGCGAGAAUUUGAUCUAAUCAGCUAUGCAGGUGUAAGCCUGUUUACUGGAGAAGAUACUGUCCAGUCCUUCGAAACUAACCUGUGGAUCAGCAAUGCUUCGACUCCGGAGAGACAAACUUGAGGUUCCGUUUUUUAAGGUGCAGUGUAGAGCACUUGCUGUUUGACAUGAAGGAAAGACAUUUUUAUAUUUUCUGAGUGUGGAUGGUGGGGGGAAACGGUUAACGGUUGAUUCCGUCUGAUUCCUUCAUUGUCAUAGCUCCCUUCAAAACUGAACGACACCAAAAGCUACACCUCCAGUCAAUCUUUUUGUCUUUUGCUGGUUUAUACAUUUUUUUUAAUAUAUAUUUUUGUUUUGUUUUUUCUUUUUCAACUGCCAUUUCAAAGCAGAAAAACUCCAGGACAUUAACUGAUUACAGUGCUGCUUGUCAAAAAAAGAAAAAAAACCUAAUUCAUAUCCAUUACUCUCCUCUACCUCUUAUUUUAUACAGUAACACCAAACAUUAAAAAAACUAAAAUUUAAAUCACCAUUUUUUCCCCCAUAUUCAAGUUUUUUUUUGUUGCACUUUUUAAACUAGCCCAAGCCUUUUGAAAUCAAAUGUUUUCUUUUUCUUUUUUUUUAUGAUUGUUUUAAAUGACCCAAAAAUACUUAGAUUUGAAAGACUUUAGACAAUUUAAGUUUUAUUAAAUGCUUUAAUCACCAAUAAGCCAGAAACUUCAACUCGAAUAAAGUCCCAAAUUUUUCUAAUUUCUUUUUCUUUUUUCAAAAAUACUUUUUCAAAUUUGAGAAUUUGUUUUUGCGUUUUUGCAACAAUGCUCAUCUUGUGGCCUUUUCAUACAAUGCUGAAAGGACAGCGACUUCUCCCCUAGUCUUUCUUUGCGUUUGUGCUGUCUUGACAACACAAACACACAAACGGAUCAUUUUCCGUGGCACGCUGCCAUCCUGCCCCCUGGGUGAUGCCGAGCGGCAGCAUGAGUGGGGGCAUGUCUGGACCCACUUCCCCACCCCACCCCACCGUUCCAUCCAGACCUCUCCGGCCUAGUCGCUACGUGCCAGUCUCUGCGGCAACGGCCUUCUUGGUUGGCGCAACCACCCUCUUCUUCUGCUUCACGUGCCCUUGGCUUUCAGAGCAUUUUUCCGUUGCUGUGCCAAUAUACAAUGGCAUUAUGUUUCUGUUUGUUCUGGCCAACUUCUGUAUGGCCACUUUUAUGGAUCCUGGCAUCUUUCCUAGAGCUGAGGAAGAUGAGGAUAAAGAGGAUGAUUUCCGGGCUCCUCUUUACAAGACUGUGGAGAUUCGAGGCAUUCAAGUGCGGAUGAAGUGGUGCUCCACCUGCCGUUUCUACAGACCCCCGCGUUGCUCUCACUGCUCUGUGUGUGACAACUGUGUGGAGGAUUUUGAUCAUCACUGCCCGUGGGUCAACAACUGUAUCGGCCGGAGGAAUUACCGUUACUUCUUCCUGUUCCUGCUCUCUUUGACAGCUCACAUAAUGGGCGUUUUUGGCUUCGGCCUGCUUUUCAUUCUCUACCACACCCAGCAGCUGGACAGAGUGCAUUCAGCUGUCACUAUGGGUGUCAUGUGUGUUGCUGGGCUUUUCUUCAUCCCAGUGGCAGGUCUCACUGGUUUCCAUGUUGUUCUGGUGGCAAGAGGCAGGACCACCAAUGAGCAGGUAACAGGGAAGUUCAGGGGAGGCGUGAACCCCUUCACAAAUGGCUGCUUGAGGAACGUCUCGCACGUUCUGUGCAGCUCACAGGCACCCAGGUAUCUUGGUAGAAAGAGGAAGGCUCAGACGGUGUCUGUUCAGCCUCCUUUCCUCCGACCGCAGCUUACCGAAGCUCAACUGGCAGCCAAGGUGCUCGACAACGGAAUCCAAGGAGACCUUCACCGGUCUAAGAGCAGUUUGAUGGAGAGUCAGUCUGCUGAUGCCGAGCCUCCUCCUCCACCCAAACCAGAGCUCCGAUACCCUGGGCUGUCACGAGGACCUGCCGGACACUCUGAGGAGAGUAGUCUGUUGAAUAAAGCCCCACCCACCCCCACCAUGUUCAAGUACAGGCCCACAUACAGCAGCCCGGGCAAGAACCACACUGCCCUCACACAUGCCUAUGCCAACCAGAUGAGUCGCGGGGACAGUCUUAAAGAGUCCUCUUCCUCUCUCCUCCAGUCCAGUCAGCAGCCAGGCUAUCGCUCUGAGCCCAGUCUGGAUGGGCGCGAGGGGGGUGGAGGAGCAGAGCGGAGCGGGCCAGAGCGAGCAGCUGGGGGUCCCGGAGGUCCUCCAGGCUCAGGGAUCAGCGGAUACUCCCUAGGAGGGCGUUCGUAUCCCUCAUUCUCUGAUACCACAGCUCUUGCCGGAGGGGCCUCGCGGUCCUCCAGCGUUCGCUCUUCCCACAACGCCCCGCCAUCCGAGGCCACCACCUCCACCAGCUACAAGAGCUUAGCCAAUCAGACGCCACCGCCGGCCCCUCGGAACGGCAGCUUGUCGUACGAUAGUCUGCUCACGCCGUCUGAAAGCCCAGAUUUCGAGUCUGCAGCACCCGAGAUGUCUCCAGGCCGGCCGCGCACGCCUGUGGUGGGAUACAGCUCUCCCUACCUGUCGGCACAGAUCGCCCAGCAGCGGGAGGCGGAGCUUCACCAGCCGUCCGCCUCCAGCGCUGCCCUCCUAGCCUCCCCGCAGCAUUCCGGCUAUCUACGUGGCUCCGCCUCCUCUCCGCCUGCCCCACCUGAACGUGAGCGGGAACGCCUGCUGCACGACUCUCAGCAGCAGCAGCAGCACCACCACCACCACCAUCACCAUCAUCACCAUCACCAUCGGCCUCCCCGCUUCUCGAGACCCCCUCUGCUCUCUGACUCGGGCCCGCCUCAGCCCUCGUACCCGUACCGCACGCGCUCCACUGACACGCCACUGCCGCCCACCACUCACCCUCCACGCUCGCCGCACCCCCCGCCGCUGGGGAAGUCUCUGUCUUACUCUAGCGCUGCCGCUGCUGAGAUGCAGUACCGCCUGGUCCGCAAAGCCUCGGCCUCAGUCGGGGGAGGGGGCAUACAGGCGCCAAAGGACGAGAUUCAGAUGAGGUCGUAUAGUCGGACAAACGGGCAGCCGAAACCUUCUUCCACCCCCUCGUCCCCCUCUCAUCCUGUCAGCGUGUCCACUCGCCCGGGUCAGGCGUAUUCCAGUGUUAGCUCUUCUCAGAGCCCCGCCCACAAGCCUGGAGGCGGGGUGAAGAAGGUGACGGGCGUCGGCGGGACCACUUACGAGAUCUCUGUGUGAGAGACGCUCCGCUUUGACCCGUGUUGUCAAGAAUGGAGAUCUGGACUCUUCACAGACACGUCAGAGAAAAUCCUGUUUGGUGGACAUUUAUUGGUGCCUGCAGGAAAGAUCUGAAAACAUCUGACCUCUGCUGUUAAUUUUUUUUUUUGAAAAGAGAAUAACGCUGACCAGCAGGUUUUGGUUAGAUAUGACGUAGAGGAGGAGGAGGAGGAGGAGGAGGAGCAGGGGGUCAUUUAUAGUGGGACUUCAGGACUCCUCACCAGUAAGGAGCUGGAGCGCAUAUUCAAUGUGACGGCUAAGGACCGGAUUGCCUUGAAAACAUUUCAGUACAUAACAACAAAAAAAAAGAUUUUUAUCCAACGUAAAUGUGUAAAAUGUUGUGUAUAGAGGAAAAAAUUAUCAGUUUUGUUUUGUUUUUUUUCCCCACAGAGUGGAAUUUGAUUUUUACAAAAGGGGACCUGUGGCAUUCAGUAGCCAUUUCAGACCACUGUGUUUGGCAUGCGACAAUGUUGCGUCUGUAUCCAAUCAGCACCAGGGAAGCAAAACAUUAGGAAAGAUUAGGAAAUGGACUAAUGCAUUAUUUAAGCAACAGCAGCCUUUUCAAGCGCAAGUAGUGUUUUCUGAGCAAUGGCCUUGGAAAUUCAAGGAAGUUUUUAUUUAAUUUUUAAAGUGUUAUUUUAUAUGACUUUAUAAAUGGCUAUUGAUAAGAUCAAAUGUUUUUUUUACAAAGGCUGAUGUUUGUUCUCUAUGGACUUUUAUCUAAUCAAAUCGAGGGAUAAAGAGCUGGUGGCCGUUCUAGCUGGAAAGAGAUCAGCCGGUAAACGGAGGGUUAACCGUAGCAUAAAAAUGCAUUUGAUAUGGUGGAGCCCAAUCUGCGGGGGGGCGUAUUUAAAAUUUUAUCCUGUAAACAUUGAUUGGCUGCCUCUUAGAUCAGUUGUUUUGUUUUUUUUUCACAUUUCAUUUUGUUAUAUUAAUAUGUGAGAGCCAAAUCUCAAUGGUGGCCUUGACUAGCCGGUCAUGUAGGCUUUAAAGCUUCCCGCUCAUGAUGCCACACAACAGGGGGGGAACCAUAUCAGUGCCCUCUGAUUGGACAGUUGAACCAAUCAGUGGAAGUUAGCCGUCAUUAUGAAUCAUCAAAAGCCUUCUAUUUUUAAUUAUUUAAUUCUUACCUAUUGCAUUCAAGAAGAUUGUGACAUUGUGCAGGACUCAUUUCAAUCAUCGUCUGUCUUGUCAAGGGGUGUCGAUUUAACAUUUUAGAUCAGAGCUGGCAAAUCAGGAGACAGAAUGUAUUUGCUGACUUACACAAAGCCAAUGAAUACACUUAUAGGAAUAUUUUGGAUCAAAAGAUGGAUUGAGGCGAGGGAGGAAAAGGAAAAAAAAGAACGUGUACUGUAUAGUUUGGUGUGAGUGAACAUGGUUGUGAAUAUGUGUAUGCGUGCGUGCGUGUGUGUGAGCAUUGGUAAUAAACUCUUUAUAAAUCA